AUGGCGUGCUCGCCUGAAAAGGUGGCAGUGCGCAAGGACUAUAUCGAGCUGACGGAGGCGGAAAAGCUGGACUACACCAGCGCUGUGUCGUGCCUGAUGGCAUCACCAGCCCUUACACCCAUAUCCGAGGCUGCAGGCGUUCGGUCAAGAUACGAUGACUUUGUGGCCACUCAUGUAAACCAGACAGACUAUAUCCACAUCACUGGCAAUUUCGUGUACUGGCAUCGCAUGUUCAUUUGGAACUUCGAGAAGGCCCUGCGCGAUGAGUGUGGAUACACUGGCUACCUUCCAUACUGGAACUACGCAAAGACUUCAGAAGACCUUCUUGGUUCGCCCAUUUUUGAUGGAACCGCAACCUCCCAGAGCGGCAAUGGCAAUUAUCUGGCACACAAUGCGUCAGCAGGCCUUCCCAGUGGUCUCCUCAACAUCCCCGCUGGCUCAGGAGGCGGUUGUAUCGAGACAGGCCCCUACGCCGGCCUAGUAGCCAACAUCUCCGCCGUCGCCCCCGUCGACACCUACGAGAACGUCACCAUCGGCCCCUUCCUGAGCUACGAGCCCCGCUGCAUACACCGCGACAUCUCCAACCUGCUCGGCCAGAACUGGACCACGGACGCCCAGGUCGCCGACAUCCUGCUCAACCCGGCCUACCAGGCCGGCAUCGGCGAGUGGCAGACCCAGCUCCAGAACACGGGCACCGACACCGUGGGCUACUACGGCCUGCACGCCUACGGCCACAUGGUCAUCAACGGCGACCCCAGCACCGACUUUUACAACUCGCCCAACGAGCCCACCUUCUGGCUGCACCACGCCGCCGUCGACCGCCUGUUCGCCGCCUGGCAGAACCAGGCCGGCUUCGUCGAGGACCGCAUGUUCCAGAUCAACGGCACGCGCACCAUGGCCAACGACCCGCCUAGCGACGACGCCACCAUUGAGGAUCUCAUCGGCCUGGGCUGGGUGAGCGGCGAGUAUGAGGAGGGCAGUGCCAUCAAGAACUACGCGAGUAUCAUGGGCGGGCCAUUGUGCUACAUCUACGAGUAG